AUGACCACUGGGGCGGGGCCUCGUGAUGCACUAAGCCAGCCGCCAUUUCGUAACGGUAAUAUGCCAAUGGCCACUCUGGAGGAGGAUCCCAUUUACGCAUCGUGCAACGUGAUCACGCAAACUGCCAACAGUGCCAGCACGCCCCCUGGGAACGCGCUGAAAACACCUGAAGCAGACCGCCCAGCGCUUGCCCAGAGAGCUGGUCACAGCGCCUGA